AUGGCCACCAAUUAUUAUCUGGACCAGUUGGGUCUCCCAAAAACCGACCCCACUCGAUGGAGACUCCGGGUCUCCGAUUUGGGGAGACAAACAUGGCACUAUCUUUCCGAAGAGGAUGCCAAUGUCGAGCCCCAGCUGACGGUGGCUCAACACGCGCUUGAGACCGCCGACUUCCCCACCCCUGAAGCCACCGGAAAUAAUGGGGAUCCUUGGGAAGCGUGUAAGCUCGGGGCGCUGUUCUUCGAGCUUUUACAGGACGAACAAGGGACGUUCCCGUGCAUGUAUCAAGGUCCCCAAUUUAUGACCAUCGGCUACGUCGCCGCAUGCUACUACUGUGGCAUUGAGAUUCCUGAACCGUUCCGGGUGGAGAUGAUUCGAUACAUCGUCAAUACCUCCCACCCUGUCGAUGGUGGAUGGGGACUUCACACGGUCGACAAACUGACAUGCUUUGGUACCACCAUGAACUACGUGUGCCUCCGGCUUUUGGGCUUGGAGCCCGAUCACCCAGUGAUGGUAAAAGCCCGCAGAACGUUACACCGCUUGGGUGGAGCAUUGUAUGUUCCUCAUUGGGGUAAAGCCUGGUUGCUGGUGCUCAACUUGUACCGUUGGGAAGGGGUGAAUCCCAUGCCCCCUGAACUCUACUUGUUACCCGAGAAUUUGCCAUUGUACCCGGGCAAUUUUUGGGUGCACACUCGGGCCAUUUACCUCCCUUUAGGGCUCAUAGUUGCUAACCGUCUCCAAACUGCAGAGACUGACUUAGUCCGUCAAAUACGACUGGAAAUUUACACCAAGGACUAUGACAGCAUAGACUUCAGCAAGCACCGCAACCUGGUGUGUGGGGUGGACCUUUACUACCCCCAUACAACCUUGCUUAAUAUUGCUAAUUGGGCUCUUGACAAAUAUGAACAGCAUCGUCCUCAAUUCAUGAGAAACAUCGUUAAUAACCGUGUUUACGAUCUUUUGGUUAAGGACUACAAAAAUACCGAAUGGUUGCUGAUUGCGCCGGUGUCCUACGCCUUUUCGCUUAUUAUUACCCACUGGCGCGAAGGACCGAAACUGGAAAACUUUAUUAAGCUACAAGACCGGCUUAAUGAUGUUGCUUACGUCACAUCUCAGGGUAUGUGUGUAAUGGGCACCAAUGGGGUGCAAGUGUGGGAUGCUCUGUUUAUGAUCCAGUACUGGUUUAUGCUGGGGCUUGCUGAACUUCCUCAAUACGAACCAAUGGUGCGUAAAGCUUACAUGUUCCUUGUACGACUGCAGUUCACCACUAACUGUGAACCAGGGUCGCUGCGGGACAUUAGAAAUGGCGCCUGGCCAUUUUCCACUAAAGAACAAGGAUAUACCGUCAGUGAUUGUACAGCCGAAGCAGUGAAAUCGAUUAUCAUGGUACGGAACAGUCCGGUGUUUGCCGAUAUUCACGAUGCCAUCAGCGACCAGCGGCUUUAUGAUGCGAUUGAGGUGCUCAUGCUGCUUCAAAAUCGGGGUUCAUACGAGUUUGGCUCUUUUUCAACUUACGAAAAGAUUCGUGCUACACCUUUACUUGAAGCUCUUAAUCCCGCUGAAGUUUUCAACAACAUCAUGGUUGAAUACCCUUACGUCGAGUGUACCGACUCGCUGGUGUUGGGGCUCACCUAUUUCCACAAAUUUUACCCGAAAUACAAAUCCGAUCUUCUUCGAUUUGCCAUUGAUGAUGCUAUUGCCUUUAUCGUCAAAGCCCAACAUGAUGACGGGAGCUGGUAUGGUGCAUGGGGGGUGUGCUACACCUAUGCCGGCAUGUUCGCUUUGGAAGCCCUUGACACUGUGAACCGUCACUACAACAACGACGCAGUGGUUCGGAAAGGUUGUGACUUCUUGAUCUCGAAGCAGCUCCCCGAUGGCGGGUGGCUGGAGCUGAUGAAGGGGUGUGAAACUCAUAGCUACAUCAAUAGCGAACGGUCUCUUGUUGUGCAAACGGCGUGGGCGCUUAUCGGGCUUGUGCUUGCUCGCUACCCUGAUCGGGAGCCAUUAGACAGAGCGGCUAAAUUGUUGAUGGACCGGCAAUUACCUACUGGUGAGUGGAAGUUUGAGGAUAUCGAAGGGGUGUUCAACCACCUGUGUGCCAUCGAAUACCCCUCCUACAGGUUCCUCUUCCCCAUCAAAGCUCUUGGUCUUUACAAUAAGGCCUGGAGAGACAAAAAUUGA